UCCAAGAUGGCUUCCUGGAAAGAUAUUCUCGAAAAUGAGGGAUAUAAUCAGCUAAUUGAGGCCAAAAAGUACACUGAAGAACUUGCAAAAGAUGAUCCUGAAGACGAACCAUAUAGGUCUUUGUACCAUGCAAGAGGAAUUUACAAAUCUGUGCACAAACUCAUUAAAAAAACAGCAGACAAACACCACUGGGACGAAGAUUUCUACUUCGUUUGGUCUGCUUUGGAACUGAAACUAGGAAUCAAUUAUGUCUCCACAGAAGAAAAGUCAACUGGUGAAGAACAUCUGCAAAAAUGCCUUGAUAAAAUGGAAGAUUUCAAGUUGACUAAAGAAGGAAUGGGCAUUUAUCAGGAAGCACUGAAUCAGAUGGGUAUCUUACAAUCUGGACGGGGAAAGCCUGAGGAAGCUCUUGAUUGCUUCAAGCAGGCUGAGCUUCUUUAUGUUGACUUUAAGGACAUAGUUGGUGGGGCUCCAUGCUCUGUAGAUGAGUAUUUGUCUCCUAAAGUUGAAGACACUAGUCAACUUGAACUUGAAAGAACCAAGAAAUUUGAAAGCGCAUACACCCAUACAUUGUUCUACUUUGCUCAAGUAUAUCAGCAGUUGGGUGAGGCAGAUAUUUCCGGUCAGUACUGUCAUCUGACUUUACAACGGCAAUUGGAUAGUCCUGGUCUUGAUCCAUUGGACUGGUGUUUGCAUGCAGCUACUCUUUCCCAGUAUUACAUGACAAACAGGGACUUCACUAUAUCAAGACAUUGCCUGGCAAGUGCUGAAGUGGUGUACGCCCAGGCUGAAGCAAAUGAUGAAGUAAAUUGUCCUGAUGAGGAGAAGGAGAAGCUCCAUCAAGCUAAGGCUGAUAUUGUUCGAUGCUGGAUAAAAUAUGGUCUUGGUCUUAUGGAAUAUUCCAGGGAAGAGUUACUUAACGAAGCUGCUGGAAAAACUAAAGAUGACAUGGACAUAGAUGAGAAUGCGGAUGAAAAUAAAAACGAAAAUGUUGACACCGAUAAAGAAUCUAAUCAGUCUGAAAAUGCCAGUGAUGAAAGAGGUGCUUCCAGCUGUUCAAGAGUUUCUAAUAAAGCAACAGAAAAUCAAGAUGAUGAUCAGGCUAAGGAAAAGUCAAAUGAUAAUGAAAGUAUUGAAGAACAAGAGACUAGUGCAAAUCAAGCAGAAAAUACUGAAGCAGCUGCCCCAAAUAGUAUUGAUGUUAAAAAUAGUGAUGAAAAAAAUGGUCAGCUUGGUGAUGAAGAUCCAGAGAAAAUUGCAGAAAGACUAAAACAUCAAAAAGAGGAAAUUUCAAAAAGAAGCAAUGAAUUGAGAAAAAAUGCUUUCAAGAAAGGUGGAAAAAGGUUCAAUCUGGAGGUAACCUCCCAUGAAGAAAAAAUAACGGACAAAACCCUGAAAACAUUUGAUGAGGCUCGCGAAAUUUUCCUCCUUGUCAAGAAAUGGAUAGAUGGAGCCAAAGAAUUUUACAAAUUUGAGCACCAUUGCACUGACUAUGUAUCCAUUGUGCAAGAUCACAGUCUGUCCUUCAAGUUUCUUUCAUUUUUUGAACCAGACUUAGAAAGGCAAUGUAAAAUGCACAAGAGAAGGAUAGAUAUGUUGACAGAGAUUUUGAAUGAGUUGAAUCCACAGCAUUACCUGCUUGUGUGCAGACAGCUCAUGUUUGAAAUUGCCGACACAUACAGCGCUAUGAUGGACCUAAAGAUAGCAAUCCUUGAAGCUGCAGGGGGAACUGUUCGACCCACUCCUCAUCAUGUGAAGAAAAUCAACAUACUUGUCAGUGAGAGUAUCAAAUAUUAUCAGGAAUACCUAAACACCUUGAAGGGAGGGAAACCUGUGUAUCCUGAUGAAUUUCCAAUCAAUGAUGUUCGACCGGGAUUGGUAGCAAUGUUCUGCAUGGGUCGAUUGUAUUCAAAGUUCUUAGCCGGGGAUGUGCAAACACGGUUGUUGAAUAUGAAGAAAAGUAAGGAUUGUUACCAGUUUGUUGUCGAUUACUGCAAAAAGAACCCAUCAGCAAAGCCAUUAGUUGAAACAGAGGCAGAUAUCUGUCAGGAAAUGGUUGAAUUGCUUCCAGCAAAAAUGGAAAGAGUCCGAUUGCAAGCGGAAAUGUAGGCUCGUGGUCUGCAAGGUGUUUAAUCAAAGUAUGAAGUGAUAUAUUAACUUAUUGGUAUUAUUUUGGUAACUUAUUAUUAUAGUAUUUAUGAUGGACAUAUAAGGGAUUGCAAUAAAACAUAUAUAAGUUUAAUAAGUACUACUGUACAGUGUACUGUUCAGUAUCAUUCAUGAUAUUUUAUAUAAAAUCAACAUUUAGAUUACAAACCAGCUGUAUUUUCAUUUCAUAACAGAAGGGAUUUCCCUGAAUACCCAUGAUGAUGAACUUAUAUACAAUAUACUAAGUGUCAAGAGGAAAAAUUGGCAACCAUAGAAAUACAUUGAAUAACAAAUAUCUUUAUUAAAAGUAAUUUAGAAUUGUUAAACUAAUAUACCGGUACUUCCAGAACACAUGCAUAUUUUUGUGGCAUUAUUUAGUUAUUGAGGGUUACGAAUGGUUCGCUUAUGUAUAAGCGAUUUUGACUGAAUGAACCCCAAAAUUUAAAUUGGAAUACCUCUGAUCAUACUACUUAAAUUAGGUCUGUGUUUGGUAAAAUGACGGCAAAAUGUAUGUGACUUCCGUCAAACAAGUGACGUCAUUGAUAGGUCAUUGCAUCGAUACUCCUGAAGUCCUUAGGAGUUCACUAACAUGCACUGACCAAAUGUUUUCACACACUGAUUAACUGCAAUACUAAAUUAUUCAUAAAUGAAUUAUUUGUUGUUUAUAGUUCAGAUGUUGUCACUUGUGAGAUGGUGUAUGCAAUAAGACAUAUAAUUAUGUAGCUUCUCAAAGUUGUAAAUUGUUUACAUUAUUUAAACAUGAACACAAAACAUUUGCACACAAUUGAAAUUGAAAGCUGUUCCAGUGCUAAUACCUUUCCGUAUAAUAAGGAGUUUGCUAGGCUUUUAAAGAGACAGGGUGCUUAGGGAGAAAAAGGGCACAAACAUGUUGAAUAAGGCUGUUAAGAGCUUAAAUAUUAUGAUUUUGACAUUAAUUGUUGUGUUUAAUUGAAGUAAUAUAAGGUUUCAAUUACCAAAUAUGUUAAGUGUGUAUGUAUUUAUAAUUACAUUAUAAGUGUUAAUCAAAAGAUAUGUUUCACAGUCUUAUGCAUUUGAUUCUAUGAAGGCAGAAGUGUACCCAUGCUGGUCUUCAUGAGGGCAGAAGAGUGCUACCAAAAAUGGACUGAGUAAAGCACCCUUUCAUAACUCUUUAACUAAACCCUUGUAAAUGUACAGUAUAUUUACAUGCAUAGUGUAAAAAACUUACAAGGUUUGUCCUGUUGUAUUUGCCUAACCCAUGUCAUGUCAGUUAUUUUAAGCUCAACUAUUCGAAAAAUAGAUGGGCUAUACUACUCGCCACAGCGUAGGCGUCCGGUUAAAGUUUUAGGGCAAGUUGGGAUUUUCACUUAUAAGUCCAAUACCCUACAUUCACUUGAGUUUAUACUUCACACAGUUGUUCAGGGCCAUCACAUGAUGAGGUUAGAUAACUCCAUAUUAUUCUUUACACAGAUUAUGGCCCCUGAUUGACUAUGAAACUUGGGUUAAAGUUUUAGGGCAGGUUGGGAUAUUUAUAAAUAACUGCUAUACCCUUUGUUCAAUUGACUUAAUACUACACACAGUUGUUCAGGACCAUCACACAAUGAGGUUACAUAAUCCCAUAUUAUCCUUAAUACAAGUUAUGGCCCCUGAUUGACUUAGGUUAAAGUUUUAGGGCAGGUUAAAGUUUUAGGGCAAGUUGGGAUUUUCACUUAAAACUCCAAUACCAUUCAUUCAAUUGACUUAAUACUUCACACAUUUGUUCAGAGCCAUCACAUAAUGAGGUUAGAUAACUCCAUAUUAUUUUUUUAUACAAAUUAUGGCCCCUGAUUGACUAUGGAACUUAGGUUAAAGUUUUAGGGCAGGUUGGGAUAUUUAUUAAUAACUUCUAUACCCUUCAUUCAAUUAACUUAAUACUUCACACAAUUGUUCAGGACCAUCACCCAAUGAGGUUACAUAACUCCAUAUCCUUAAUACAAGUUAUGGCCCCUGAUUGACUUAGGUUAAAGUUUUAGGCAAGUAAAAGUUGAGGGCAAUUUGGGAUUUAAAUAAAAAAAACUUCUAUACCUUUCAUUCCAUGCACUUAAUAAAAUUCAAAAUUAUUUACGAGCAUCUUACAACAAGAAACAUAACUCCAUUUUAACCUAGAUACAAAUUAUGUCCCUUCAAUAUAUAUAUAUAUUUUUAAUUUCUUUUGAUAGGCACAUUUUUACAUUCUUAACCAGCUUUUUACCAAGGGAAAACAAGGAGGGCUAUACUAUAUGGCCCUUGAAUUUUUAUUAUUAUUAUUCUUUUUUUCACUUUUAAUUUCUUUUGAAAGGCAUAUUUGUAUAUUCUUUACCACAUUUUCAUAAUGGGAAAUCAAGUUAUUUGAAUGUCUUGCGUCAUUUUUCGGAUGGUGGGAGGGCAGCAUCAAAGUCACCUUACAUAUUGUAUAAUUUUAGUUUGGUUUGACAUAAAUAGACCAAACUUGGUAAUAUUACAUUAUUAUUGUAUUCACUUCUAAGUCAAAGCAGCGAAGUCGAGCGCGCUGUCUUACGACAGCUCUUAUUAUUGAUAGUUACCUUUCUGGAACCGGCACACCUUCACAUUUUCUUAACAAUUUGCAAUAUUAUAAAUCUUCCAGCUUUGCUUUAUAUAGUACUUGCACUAAUGUAUUGUUUAAAUAUGUAAAUGUUACAGCAUACAUUGUAUUUAUUGUUUUAAUUUUGGAGAAGGAUUGUUAUGAUAACUUAUAAAAACACCAGUAGCAAAUUGUAUAAAACUUUGAUAAUUGGUUGGACCUGUCCCAAGUUCAAUGCCUUCCACAGUGCGGAAUGUGUCAUAUUUUUUUCAUUUAAAAAUAUAGCAUCAAGAACCCACAAGACAUUGUUGAUUAGGUAGUCUGGGGCAUUUUGACACAAAAAACUAUCCCAAAACAUGUCACAAAGAAUGUAUGUUCUACUCCUGAAAAAAGAUUGUCUCUCAAAACUAAAUAAAACCUGCACUUUAGAAACAUUUUAAUUUUUGGUCUUUCCCACCCACUUUGGCACUGUGGAAGGUCCUUAAUACUAGUUUUUUGAUAAAUAUUUACCAAUCAAUACAUGUUUUGGGUAAUUUUGACAAAACCAAAGGUUAUCCGGAUUUAUAUAAUUGGCUGCUGUAGUGUUUUGUUGUUUAAAGGAUUGUUACAAUUGUUUUGAAAAAAAAAACGUAUUGUUUUGACUCCUGUAUAUAUCUUUUCAUGUUUCGACAGUUUUGUUUCUUAGAUUGUUUUAAAUGAUUGAGCUUUUGAAUAAAUUAUUAAACAAACUUUAUAUCUCCUCUACCAUAAUUGAUAACAUUUCAGAUCAUUCCAAUAAAUAAAGUGCUUUUUAUAAUUAUAUUUUACGAACACAUGCAUCAUGUUAUAUUUCAAACAAACACGCACUACAUGUGUAAAAGAGUUAUAUUUUAAUUACUUUUAUUGGUUCAGAUUGCUGUUUCAGGCAAAAUAUCAUAAGCUGUUCGGUGAUGUCAUUCCAAGGAUUGAGUUGUUUUCUCACCUAUUUCUUAGUUAUAACUUACCAAUGCCAGAAUGUAUUUUUCCAGCUUAUAAGUCAUUUCCAUUGUUUUUGUGAAGUUGCUAUGUAGUCUAACAGCAUUAAAGUGUAGAAAAUCCA